GUCGUUCAAUUAUUUCAAGAUGGCUGUCCCCUCGCAGAUGGCAACCUCUGAGCUGUACUGCUGGGAAGGCGACUGGGGUUUACCGUCUGUCGACACUGAGUGUUUAAUUGUAUUGGCUUAUGCAAAGUUUGCAGGCGCACCCCUCAAACUUCACAAGAUCGGCAACCCCUGGAGAAGUCCCACUGGCUCCCUGCCUGCCCUGAAGACCAGCGAGAAUGGGAGCCUGUCUCGGCCCAGUGACAUCAUCAUCCACCUCAGGAAACAGAAAUACAAUGCCGACUUCGACCUGUCUGCCAAAGAGGGAGCAGACACUCUGGCCUUCAUCUCACUCCUGGAGGAAAAACUGAUGCCAGCUCUGGUCUAUACUCGGUGGAUUGACCCUAAGAACUAUGUGGAGGUGACUCGGCGUUGGCACGCGGAUCACGCCCCAUUCCCUCUGAACUUCUUCCUGCCUGGCAGCAUUCAGCGCCAGCAGCUCCAGAGGCUGAGGCUGGUCAGGGGAGACGAAGAGUUGACAGCAGGCGAGGAGGUGGAGAAGGAGCUGUACCGCGAUGCUAUGGAGUGUAUGAACCUUAUCUCGCAGAGGCUGGGCUCAAACAAGUUCUUCUUUGGAGACUCUCCUUCAUCUCUAGAUGCUUUCGUCUUUGGCUACUUGGUGCCCAUCCUGAAGAUGAAACUGCCCAAUGGAAGACUCCAGCAGCACCUCAAAUCACUGGACAACCUGAGCCACUUCUGCUCCAACAUUCUGGCACUCUACUUCCCCAGCGAGGGACGAGAAGGUAUCAGUCGCAAGGUGUCCUCCCAGCCUGAAGGGGGUGACGUUGACAACGAGCCUGGUAAGCGGCGCAAGCAGCUGCUGUCAGUCCUGGUGGCCCUGGGCGCUAUGUUGAGCUAUGCCCUCCUCACCGGCAUUGUGGCUAUUCAACACGUCCAGCAGGAGGCACUAGACCACCGUUCCCCAGGUCUCAGGUCACUCUCCUCCCACGGGGAAGAGGAGGAUGGGGAGGAGGAGGGCUGAGGAUGGGGAGGAGGAGACGGCCACAACUCAAAACUGAUCUCCUGUCUCUAUUCCUAAUUCUUCGUUGACGCUCCCUCAUCAGUCUGGAAUGACUGGAAAGGUGUUAACCAAUAUGGCAGAAACUCCAGUUAGCCUUCUAGACUAGGUGGAACGUUUACUCUACUGCUGAUGCCUCAACAAUCCCUUCAGAUCCUGGAGGAGGAGUCAAUAGGAAGAAGGGGCAAGGGAUUGGUGUUUGAUUGGGCCAAAGCUGUAGAGUACGAUGAAGAGGAGGAGCAGCACUGUGGGAAUAUACAUUAAGAUGCUUGUACCAAGAGUGCUUCAAUGUCUUACUUGGAGAAUGUUUGGAUGUUUUCUCUGCUUUAUUUUGACUGCCAUUGCACGAUAAUCAUAGAUCCAAAUCAUGACGUCGCUUUGCUUUUCUCAAUUUCCUGGUGCUUUAUCUAAUCCAACUGAUUAUACUUUCGUGUGUAAAUGAUAUUAUUGAGGGAACAAAUCCCAGGUAGCAUUUGUGAAAAUUGAAAUGUUACUGACUUCUUAGUAGCAUUAGCACAUUCUUUCUGAACACUUGCCAAGAUAACCACAAUCUCCACCACAGUAAACAGUGUGUGAGGUCUCUAGAUGUUUAAUAAUAAUAAUUUCAACAGAGGAAAUAAAGGGGUGAUUUCUUGGUUUAUAUCCUUUUAAUAUUAUUGCUUGUCAGGCUGAGAACUGUUUUAUCAUUUUUCACCUACCAUGAAUUUGAGGGCCAAGCCUGAAGUUUGGGGCAUUUAAAUGUUUCCGGGCCGAUUCAAAAUCUUGUGGAAAUUGCCCUCCCCGGUGCAAUUUGUGCUCAAACAGCAUAUGCAUAAUGUGUGCUGUAGUGAAGACUGUGCUGGCCCUAUUCCUGCAUUGCAGCAAGUCAAAGCAUCAUUCAAUACAAGAAACAGCGAAGUUCAAUAAAUCACUUUAAUGUUCCUAUACAUCUGCUCGCUGUGUAAAGGCUUCUCCUGCUUUAGAAUGAUGGGUUACUGUUGAUCUCUUCAGCAAUACAGGGUUACAUUAUUGUCUAAUUCAGAGUUGCAAGAAACUCAUUGACUUUCUAUCUUUCAAUUUCUUAAAGGUAGCCUGUUGGAGAUACAUAAUUUAUGGUAUGUAAAUUUGUAAUGCAAUCGUUAGUAGAGUUAACCUUAUUCAAUCUUGUUUUGAUGGCAGAACUAAUGUUACACACAGGUUGCCAUACACAUUACCCCUAAACUUAACCAAUCACAUUUAUUUCCUAAAUGUAAUCUAAACCCCGAACCUGCCUGACCUUAACCAAUUGGGAUUACUUGCCUAAACUUAACCAAACACUUUCAAGGCUACCCUCAGAACCCGAUACAAUAAAUAUAUGCCAAAAUGAGGAUGUGGUGUGUAAAGAUGAUGGUCCCAUAUUGAGGGGGAACACCUGUAGCAUGAAUAUAUACAGUGGGGCAAAAAAGUAUUUAGUCAGCCACCAAUUGUGCAAGUUCUCCCACUUAAAAAGAUGAGAGAGGUCUGUAAUUUUCAUCACAGGUACACUAUGACAGACAAGAUGAGAAAAGAAAAUCCAGAAAAUCACAUUGUAGGAUUUUUCAUGAAUUUAUUUGCAAAUUAUGGUGGAAAAUAAGUAUUUGGUCACCUACAAACAAGCAAGAUUUCUGGCUCUCACAGCCCUAUAACUUCUUCUUUAAGAGGCUCCUCUGUCCUCCACUCGUUACCUGUAUUAAUGGCACCUGUUUGAACUUGUUAUCAGUAUAAAAGACACCUGUCCACAACCUCAAACAGUCACACUCCAAACUCCACUAUGGCCAAGACCAAAGAGCUGUCAAAGGACACCAGUAACAAAAUUGUAGACCUGCACCAGGCUGGGAAGACUGAAUCUGCAAUAGGUAAGCAGCUUGGUUUGAAGAAAUCAACUGUGGGAUCAAUUAUUAAGAAAUGGAAGACAUACAAGACCACUGAUAAUCUCCCUCGAUCUGGGGCUCCACGUGAGAUCUCACCCCGUGGGGUCAAAAUGAUCACAAGAACGGUGAGCAAAAAUCCCAGAACCACACGGGGGGACCUAGUGAAUGACCUGCAGAGAGCUGGGACCAAAGUAACAAAGCCUACCAUCAGUAACACACCGCCGCCAGGGACUCAAAUCCUGCAGUGCCAGACGUGUCCCCCUGUUUAAGCCAGUACAUGUCCAGGCCCGUCUGAAGUUUGCUAGAGAGCAUUUGAAUGAUCCAGAUGAAGAUUGGGAGAAUAUCAUAUGGUCAGAUGAAACCAAAAUAGAACUUUUUGGUAAAAACUCAACUCGUCAUGUUUGGAGGACAAAGAAUGCUGAGUUCCAUCCAAAGAACACCAUACGUACUGUGAAGCAUGGGGGUGGAAACAUCAUGCAUUGGGGCUGUUUUUCUGCAAAGGGACCAGGACGACUGAUCCGUGUAAAGGAAAGAAUGAAUGGAGCCAUGUAUCGUAAGAUUUUGAGUGAAAACCUCCUUCCAUCAGCAAGGGCAUUGAAGAUGAAACGUGGCUGGGUCUUUCAGCAUGACAAUGAACCCAAACACACCGCCCGGGCAACGAAGGAGUGGCUUCGUAAGAAGCAUUUCAAGGUCCUGGAGUGGCCUAGCCAGUCUCUAGAUCUCAACACCAUAGAAAAUCUUUGGAGGUAGUUGAAGGUCCGUGUUGCCCAGCAACAGCCCCAAAACAUCACUGCUCUAGAGGAGAUCUGCAUGGAGGAAUGGGCCAAAAUACCAGCAACAGUGUAUGAAAACCUUGUGAAGACUUACAGAAAAUGUUUGACCCCUGUCAUUGCCAAAAAAGGGUAUAUAAAAGGGUAUAUAACAAAGUAUUGAGAUAAACUUUUGUUAUUGACCAAAUACUUAUUUUCCACCAUGAUUUGCAAAUAAAUUCAUAAAAAAUCCUACAAUGUGACUUUCUGGAAGAAAAAAAAAUCUCAUUUUGUCUGUCAUAGUUGAAGUGUACCUAUGAUGAAAAUUACAGGCCUCUCUCAUCUUUUAAGUGGGAGAACUUGCACAAUUGGUGGCUGACUAAAUACUUUUUUGCCCCACUGUAUAGCAUACAAAUGCUAUAGCGUGAAUAGGAGUUGAAAAACCAAACUGUAAAUAUAUUAAUGUGGGUUUUAUUUUCAUGGUUGAAUAAAUGGGUCACAUACAUGCAUACUUUAA